CAAGUUGUCAACACACAACAUGGCUGAAUUACGGAGGUGACACAGCUGCAGUCUUUAGGACGAGCUCAAGGGGAAACCACAAUCUGCAGAGCGUAUUUAAGCGGUUAGGCUUCGACGAGGGACAUGUUUAUCCUAUUUUAAUGCAAGGCGUGUUUUGUUUGAAUAGUGAAUAAUGCUGAGCCUUACGAGGGCUAGCAUAGCCCUAAACGGGUUUGGGCGGUGUUUAAUAACAGUAAAAUGUAUCAGCCGCAGACAAGUGUGUGCAGAGCAUGGCGACGAUAAUGGCAAGAAUGAGGUUUAUGAUGUUGUUAUAUCCGGGGGAGGGCUGGUUGGAUCUGCGAUGGCUUGCUCCCUGGGCAUGGAUCCCAAUUUGUCGGAGAAGAAGAUCCUUCUCCUUGAAGCAGGAAACAAGAAAGUGAUGGAUAAGGCCCCUGACAGCUACAGCACCAGAGUCACCUCCAUCAGUCCAGGCUCUGCUACACUCCUCAGUGGUAUUGGUGCAUGGGAGCAUAUCACAAAGUUGAGAUGCAAGCCUUAUAAGAAGAUGCAGGUUUGGGAUGCCUGCUCCGAUGCCCUGAUCACGUUUGAUAAGGACAAUCUGGAGGAGGAGAUGGCCUACAUCGUGGAGAACGACGUGGUUGUGGCUGCACUCACCAAACAGCUGGACAGCCUGUCUGACAACGUGCAAGUCAAGUACAGAUCCAAAGUGGUGAAGUACACAUGGCCGAUGCCGCACCAGGCAGUACGUUCCAUCCCCUGGGUGCAGGUCAGGUUAGCCAGCGGGGAAAUUCUUCAGACCAAGCUGCUAAUCGGAGCGGAUGGACCCAACUCCAUGGUAAGGCGGCAAUUAGGGAUCCCCACAAUCAAGUGGAAUUAUGACCAAUCAGCUGUGGUUGCUGUGCUGCAUCUAUCAGAGUCCACAGAGAACAACGUUGCAUGGCAGAGGUUCCUCCCGACAGGACCCAUUGCAAUGCUACCGUGUGUGUUGUGCGUCUUUAUGCUGCAGCUUUCGGACACAGAGAGCUCUCUCGUGUGGUCAACCAGUCAUCACCUGGCUGAGGAGCUCCUGGGGAUGGAUGACGAGUGCUUCGUUGACGCCAUCAACUCAGCCUUUUGGAGUAACGAGAACCAGUCGGAGCUGGUCGAGACGGCCGGGUCUCUCUUCCGGAGCGCCCUCGCCGCCAUCAUGCCGUCUGCAGGUUCACCUCGCCAGCUGCCCCCGAGUGUGGCAGGCAUCGGCCCAAAAUCCCGCGUCAUGUUCCCUCUCGGCAUGGGCCAUGCGUCUGAGUACAUUAGGCACAGAGUUGCGCUUAUUGGAGCAUGCAAAGAAAACCCACGCAAGUACGUGGCAAGGGAGAAUAUGCCAACUCCAUACAGAAAGCCCUGAACCAAGAUUCGAACCAGAACCUCUGACUUGGAGCCAAGCGUGCGUCGGCGUGCCGCCUAGAAUGAGAUUGUCAAAAGUUGCAUUGGCACACGACGCACGAUACCUUCAUCAUUGGUCAUUGAAGGUGAGACUCACCACCUAAAUAUUUUUUACUUGUUACUAUUAGCUUUGAGCAACUUACUUUUACACAUGUCUGACUUAAGGAUGUUGAAAAGUUAAUGGUCUAUGCACUUAAGUUUUCUAAUGUCGACAGUUUUACACUUAAUGCCUUAUUUCCAUAUAUCUGUUAUUUCAUAUAGGAAAUCUGUUUCGAAAUCUGAACCAGGGUUUUAACAGAUUGUGUUCUACUUGAGGUUCCGCUGUACUUUUAUUUGGAAGACUAUAAAAUAGCCUUGUGCAUGUAUCUGGUGUGUUUGUAGAGACAAGCAUGUGUUUGUCUUUCCAGGGACGCAGCCCAUCGUGUCCAUCCUCUGGCUGGUCAGGGAGCCAACCUGGGCUUCGGGGAUGUGGCUUGCCUCACACAGCUACUGAGC